ACAAAAUCCGAAACUUUAUCUCGUCUCCUCUCCGCCUCUCCCCGCCUCUUCCACCCCGAACGCCGAAGCACCGCACCUCCCGCCAUGCACUGCAUCGCCCCCCGCCUGCUCCUCCUCCCACUCCCGACCGUCUCCCGCCACGCGCUAUCGCCAACCCAGACGCUACCUCUUCCUCUCCUCCUCCCCUCCCGCGCAGUCUGUAGGCUCCACCUCGCCUCCGCGCGCUCGCCGUCCCGCGCCGCCGCUUCGGUUUCCGAUGACGACGAGGAUGAGGAGGUUGACGUGGAUGACGACGACGACGAGAUAGGCAUCCGCGACGUAGACGAUGAAGACUACGACGAUUUCGAGGACGGGGAUGAGGGAGAUGAGGAGGCGGUGGACGAGGAGAGCGUUGGUGAGUACGAGGAAGAGGCGGAGCAGGACGAGGACGAGCGGGAGGAUACCGCAGCGCGGAGGCGGGAGUCGGAGGAGUAUAAGUCGCGGCGGGUGGUGAAGCUGGUCGCUGAGGUGCGGGAGUUCGGGGAGGACAUCAUCGACUACAACGAGCUCGCCGGGAUCUACGACUUCCCCAUCGACAAGUUUCAGCGCUUGGCUAUACAAGCAUUUUUAAGAGGUUCAUCUGUUGUAGUUUCUGCACCUACAAGUAGUGGGAAGACAUUAAUAGCAGAAGCUGCAGCAGUCGCAACAGUAGCUAGAGGAAGGCGUCUCUUCUACACAACACCAUUAAAGGCCUUGUCAAACCAGAAGUUCCGUGAUUUCCGGGAUACUUUUGGUGAUCAUAAUGUUGGCCUUCUUACAGGAGAUUCUGCUAUCAACAAAGAUGCUCAGAUCUUAAUUAUGACAACAGAGAUUUUACGUAACAUGCUGUACCAAAGUGUUGGCAUGACAGCUUCUGAAGGUAGAUUAUUUCAAGUUGAUGUCAUUGUUUUGGACGAAGUCCAUUAUUUGAGUGAUAUCUCACGUGGCACUGUUUGGGAAGAAACUGUCAUAUAUUGUCCAAAGGAAGUCCAGCUUAUAUGUCUGUCAGCUACUGUUGCAAAUCCUGAUGAAUUAGCUGGCUGGAUAAGUCAGAUUCAUGGUAAAACAGAGCUUGUAACAUCGAACAAACGUCCAGUUCCGCUUACUUGGCACUUCUCGAAGAAAUACUCAUUACAACCACUUCUUGAUGGAAAGGGGAAAAAAAUGAAUAGGAAACUGCGGAUGUCUAACUUUCAAAACUUAGCAUCUCCAAAGAGUGAGUUCUAUUAUGUCAAAGGAAAGAGGAGAUUUAGAACAAAUAAAAUUGAGCAAGGUAAUAGCAGCUCUUUUGACAUAUCAAAACAGGUUCAGUUAUCAAAGCAUGAACUCAGCAAUAUGCGCCGUUCCCAAGUUCCACUAAUACGUGACACUUUAUCACAACUAUGGGAAAAUGACAUGCUUCCAGCUAUUUGGUUUAUUUUUAGUAGAAGAGGGUGUGAUGCAGCUGUUGAGUACCUUGAGGAUUGCAGACUGUUACAUGACUGUGAGGCUAGUGAAGUUGAACUGGAACUUAGGAGGUUCAAGAUGCAAUAUCCUGAUGCUGUUCGAGAAAGCGCUGUGAAAGGACUCUUGCGAGGAGUUGCGGCCCAUCAUGCUGGUUGCUUGCCACUGUGGAAAUCAUUCAUUGAAGAAUUAUUUCAGCGUGGCCUUGUUAAAGUAGUUUUUGCGACGGAAACCCUUGCAGCUGGGAUUAAUAUGCCUGCUAGGACGGCUGUGAUUUCUUCUCUCAGUAAAAGAAUAGAUGCUGGGCGCCAGCUAUUAACCCCAAAUGAACUAUUUCAAAUGGCAGGUCGUGCUGGAAGGAGAGGGAUUGAUACAGUUGGGCAUACUGUUCUUGUUCAGACUCCAUAUGAAGGGCCUGAAGAGUGCUGUGACAUCAUCUUUGCUGGACUUGAGCCACUUGUCUCACAAUUCACUGCAUCAUAUGGGAUGGUUUUGAAUCUUCUUGCCGGUUCAAAAGUUACACAUAAUCAGAAAGAAUCGGAUGAUGUUAAUAAGGUGAAGCGCUCUGGAAGAACCUUAGAAGAAGCUCGAAAGCUCGUGGAGCAAAGCUUUGGGAAUUAUGUUGGGAGCAAUGUAAUGGUUGCUGCCAAAGAAGAGAUUGAAAGAAUACAGCAAGAAAUACAAUAUCUCUCUUCAGAAAUUACUGAUGAAUCUACUGACCGAAAAUGCAGGGAAGAAUUAUCAGAGGAAGACUAUGCUGAGAUUUCCCUUCUACAGAAGAGACUAAAGGAAGAGAAGCAGAUCAGAAAUGAGCUGAAAAAAAAGAUGGAACUGGAGAGAAUGGCUGCAUGGAAAAAUCGGUUAGAAGAGUUUGAAAAUGGCCAUCUUCCUUUCAUGUGCCUGCAAUACAAAGAUAAGGAUUCAAUUCAGCACACGAUCCCUGCUGUAUUUAUUGGAAACCUCAACUCAUUUGCUGAUCAAAAGAUCACGAACAUGGUGGAAGAUGAUUCACUUGUUUCCGGCAAGCAGAAACUUGAUAGUGGGGAACAACUCUAUUGCCCAUCUUACUAUGUAGCUUUAAGUUCAGAUAAUUCGUGGUAUUUGUUCACAGAAAAAUGGAUAAAAACUGUUUACAAGACAGGUCUACCUGCUGUCGCUUCUAUUGAAGGGGGCGCGCUACCUAGAGAAACCCUGAAGCAGCUCCUCCUGCGUGAAGAGUUGAUGUGGGAUAAAGUUGCAAAAUCAGAAUAUGGCUCUUUGUUAAGCAUGGAUGGUUCUUUAGACACAUGGUCGUGGAGUCUCAAUGUUCCUGUGCUUAAUAGCCUUUCAGAAGACGAUGAGGUAGAACGAUUCUCCCAGGAACAUCGAGAUGCUGUAGAAUGCUACAAGCAACAGAGGAGGAAGGUUUCACAUUUGAAGAAAACAAUAAGGAGUACUAAGGGUUUCAAAGAAUUCCAAAAGAUCAUCGACAUAAGAAAUUUUACAAAAGAGAAGAUUGAGCGUUUGGAAGCUAGAUCCCGUCGCUUGACUCGACGGAUAAGACAAAUUGAACCGACCGGUUGGAAAGAAUUUCUCCAGAUUAGCAAAGUCAUACAAGAGGCUAGAGCAUUAGAUAUCAAUACUCAGGUAAUCUAUCCUUUGGGUGAGACGGCAGCGGCUAUACGAGGGGAAAACGAGCUCUGGCUUGCUAUGGUUCUAAGGAACAAGGUUCUCUUGGAUCUAAAGCCAUCUCAACUGGCAGCAGUUUGUGGAAGUUUAGUCUCGGAAGGGAUCAAAUUUCGUCCUUGGAAAAAUAGCAGCUAUGUAUAUGAACCUUCUUCUGUUGUUAUUGGUGUUAUAAGUUAUUUAGAAGAGCAGAGAAAUUCACUAAUUGAUCUCCAAGAGAGACAUGGUGUUAAGAUACCUUGCGAAAUAGAUGCCCAGUUUGCUGGGAUGGUUGAAGCCUGGGCUUCGGGGUUGACCUGGAGGGAGAUAAUGAUGGACUCUGCAAUGGACGAUGGAGAUUUAGCCCGUCUACUCAGGCGCUCAAUAGAUUUACUAGCUCAGAUUCCAAAACUUCCAGACAUUGAUCCAGUUCUCCAAAAGAAUGCACAAAUUGCUUGCAGCGUCAUGGACCGAGUACCGAUUAGUGAGCUUGCCGGUUGAAAGCCCAAAACCUGUAAGUACUACUAACAGAGGGUUUGCCCGGCUGCUUAUUUUACAAUUGUUAUAGGUAGCGAAUUCUUUGUUGUACCAUGAAAAAUAGUUACCAGUUGUCACAAUGAAAUCCAAGAGCAGUUCAUCUCCCACUGGCUAAACAUGCUUUUCAAGAAGAUCAACAACUACAGUGAUUGAUUCAAGGAACCAGAAUUCAGAAUGAUGAAAGAGACAAAUGGCAUCACAUCUAAGGUUCAUAGGAUUGUUCAUUCAAAAAGUUCUCACUGCCAACUCCAGAAUUUCCAACCACCUGACCCAAUCAAUAGGAUAUGGAGAUCAAAGCGCAGCAACAAGCUCUAGGUUUUCUCACGGCUUCUUCUAGAUGCCUGAACACCAGAGAUAUACUCAGAAUCAGAACUGCUGUGUCAAUGCACACUGUAGCACUUUCGUUCGUAUUUGACAAAUGUUGUCCAAUCAUGGACUAACUAGGCUCAAAAGAUUUGUCUCGUAAAUUACAGACAAAUUGUGCAAUUAGUUAUUAUUUUUAUAUAUAUUUAAUGCUC